GGGGUUGUGUCCCGGUUUGGGGGUUGUGUCCCUGUUUGGGGGUUGUGUCCCGGUUUGGGGGUUGUGUCCCGGUUCGGGGGUUGUGUCCCAGUUUAGGGGUUUUAUCCCGCUUUGGGGGUUAUGUCCCGGUUUGGGGCUGUGUCCCAGUUUGGGGGCUGUGUCCCGGUUUGGGGGUUGUGUCCCGGUUUAGGGUUUGUAUCCCUGUUGGGGAUUGUGUCCCGCUUUGGGGGUUCUGUCCCGGUUUGGGGAUUGUGUCCCGGUUUAGGGGUUGUGUCCCGGUUUGGGGGUUGUGUCCCGGUUCGGGGGUUCUGUCCCGGUUUGGGGGUUGUGUCCCGGUUCGGGGGUUCUGUCCCGGUUUGGGGAUUGUGUCCCGGUUCGGGGGUUGUGUCCCGGUUCGGGGGCUGUGUCCCGGUUCGGGGGUUGUGUCCCGGUUUGGGGUUUUAUCCCGCUUUGGGGGUUAUGUCCCGGUUUGGGGGCUGUGUCCCUGUUUGGGGGUUGUGUCCCGGUUUGGAAGUUAUGUCCCGGUUUAGGGGUUAUGUCCCGGUUUGGGGGUUAUGUCCCGGUUUGGGGGUUAUGUCCCGGUUCGGGGUUGUGUCCCGGUUCAGGGGCUGUGUCCCGGUUUGGGGGCUGUGUCCCGGUUCAGGGGCUGUGUCCUGCCCCGGGCUGUGUCCCAGUUCGGGGGUUAUGUCCCGGUUUGGGGUUGUGUCCUGCCCCGGGCCGUGUCCCGGUGUGACCCCUCCCUCCCGGUGUGACCCCUCCCUCCCUCCCGCUGUCCCCGCAGUCCUGCUGACGGGCGGGAUCGUGGCCGUGGCGGGGCAGUUCAAGGGCUGGUACUUCGCGGCGUACUCCAUCGCCGCAGGUGUCCUGGUCUGCCUGCUCGAGUAUCCCAGGAGCAAGCGGAAAAAGGGCUCCACCAUGGAGAGGUGUGGUCAGAAGUACCUGACGGCCGUGGUGAAGCUGUUUGGGCCCCUCACCAGGAAUUAUUACAUCCGAGCCAUCCUCCACGCUGCCCUGGCUGUCCCUGCUGGUUUCCUGCUCUCCACCAUCCUGGGCACCGUCUGCCUGGGCAUCGCCAGCGGCAUCUACCUGCUGGCUGCAGUUCGAGGGGAGGAGUGGAGACCCAUCGAGCAGAAGCCCCGGGAGCGGCCACAAGUGGGGGGCACCAUCAAGCAGCCCCCCAGCAACCCCCCGCCCCGGCCCCCGCCCGACGCCCGCAAGAAGCAGCCGGAGGUGGGGGGGCAGGUGAACCCCAUCCCUGUGGAGGUGGAAUAACGGGGGCUCCUCCUGCCCUGCUGCCUGCUGCUGCUUCCCAGCUGCUCCUGGAUCCACUGCAGGGAUCCCCAAAACCCUGGGGAUCCUCAGAACUCAGCACUGGGGGGUGCUGAGCUCCUCGGUGUGGGUCCCUAGCUCCUGGUGCUGCUCAGAUCUCUGGGAUCAUCAUUUCCCCCUGCUCCCCUAGAGGAUCCCCAAAUUCCUGAGCAGUGCUCAGCUCCUUGUAGCAUCUCCAUCUCCCUGUAGGCUCUCUAUCUCCUAGGGAUCCCUAAAUCCCCUAGGAUGCUCAGUUCCCAAAUUUCUAGCAAUGUGAUGUUCCCUGUGGUGUUUCCAGUCCCCAGGGGCUUCCCAGCUUCUGGAGAUUCCCAAAUCCCUGGGGCUGCUCAGCUCCCUAUGGGGAUCCAGCUCCUGGAUCUCUCCAAAUCCCCAGGGAUGUUCAGCUUCUUGUGGGGUCUGCAGCCCCCAGGGCUUCCCAGCUUCUGAGGAUCCUCCAAAUCUUAGGAAUUCUCAACUCCCUGAGCCCUCAGGGGCUCCUCAGCUCCCUGAGGGUCCCAACUCUGCAAAAAUCCCUGUGGAACUCCAGCUCAAAUGGAAUCCCCAGCAGCUGGGGGGAUCAGGCAGCUCUGCUCUGGCUCUCCCUGGAUUUUUGUCAUUUCUGCAGUUGCUGUUGCAAUAAAAAGUGGGAAAGGCA